UAUUUUUUUUCUUUCUUUCUUGAUCUCUAUUUUUUUACAGUUUAUUCUACGAAAUAAUUUUGAUCAUCAUCAUAUAUCAUGGAAAUUGAUCGUCAAAUUCGUUUGAAUGAAAAUGAUUUGUCCACUAUUCAAAUGGGAAUCAAACCAUCAGCCAUGAAUAUGGUAGAACGUAAAAAAGUUUUAUCAUUGAUGAGCACCAAUACACCGGCUAAUAAUCGUCGUAAGCUUGGUAAUCUUUCGAAUACACCAUUUCAAUCGUUGAAAAAAGAUCAAAGCCAAAAAAAUUCGAAAGGAAUUCUACAACAACAACAAUGUUCAAGUAUGAAGAAAUCUACUAAUUUGAAAUCAACUCCAUUGCCAAAAAUCGAUGAAAUCGAAAAUGCUUAUCCAUUGACCCGCCAUGAAUAUCGUGAACAUCAUUUUUCAUCCGAAAUUAGUGAUUAUUAUAUUCAACGAUAUCAUAAUGAAAUAAUGUCGGCACCAUUACAAGAUGAAAAUGAAACAAAACGAUUUGCUACAUUGCAACAGAUGCAAGAUGAAUUAUCAGUCGAAGAUUAUUUUGCUGAUUUCAUCUAAAUGGAAUUUUUUUUUUAAAACCAAUUUUUACUUCCAUCAACACAUUCAUCAUUAUUUUCUAUACACUGAUAUUUAUAUUGAAAUUCACACAUUCACAUUUGACUGAUUUGCUUUAUUUUUAAAUUAUCUUUGAAAUAAUUGUUUUUUUUCACAUUAUCAAACAAUAAAAAUAAUAAUGCUUUA